AUGGCCCGGGGCGUCGCGCCCGGCCGGCAGCGGCUCAGCGCCGCCGCCGUCGCGCUGGCGACGGCCCUCGCGUGCGUCGCCGUGACCCAGCGGUCCGCCGUCGUCGCGACGGUGGCGAAGCUCGUCGCCCUCGACUACGGGCAGCACACCGUGUCCGGCUCGACGACCAUCGGCGUGUCCAACGCCUACGAGCGGGGGUCGCACAAGAUCGGCGACGGCCUCUACCCCUGGACCGUCGUCGAGCUGCACUUGGCGACGCGCCUCGAGGCGAACCCGCCGGACAACGCCAUGGAGUACGCCUGGAGUAUCGGGUCCGGCGUCGACGCGUCGGACCCGGCCUUGAUCGACGCGAACAGGGUCGGCGCGGGAUCCGUCGAGGUCGUCUUCACGGCGCCCGGGCUGCACACGCUGACCCUGUCGUCGCGGGUGUCCGGGGAGGUGCUGGAGACCAAGACCGUCAAGGCGACGUACGUGCGCCGGGAAAUCCGGACGCUCACGGACGCCGCGCGCGAGGCCUUCCUCAGCGCCCUGGAGACGACCUACAAGGUCGACCAGAAGGACGGCGAGCGGCUCUACGGGUCCAAGUACAAGUCCAUGGCCUCGCUCGUCGAGCUCCACCUGCAAGGCGCCGCGUCGAAGACGUGCGACCACUGGCACGACGACGCGGGUAUUUUGACGCACCACAUGGGCUUCACGUUGCAGCUCGAGCAGUCUUUACAGGCCAUCGACAACACGGUGGCCAUGCCCUACUGGGACUACACGGCCGACGCCUACUACCUCGGCAUCGACGAGAUCCACAAGUCGCAGAUCUUCCAGCCCGACUGGCUCGGCGCCAUCUCGCCCAAGGGCGAGGACCACGUCGUCGACGAGGGCCGCUGGGCCUACACGGCGGUGCACAAGUACCCCAAGGACAGCGACCGCGACCUCAUCCGCAACCCCUACGGGCUUUUGCGGAGCCCCUGGAACACGGACAAGACGCCGUUCAUCACGCGGUACAAGGACGUGCUCGGCGUCCGCGGCGGCGGCUUCUCCGUGCCCGGCUGCUCGGACUUCAAGACGACCUACAAGAAGGACUGGAUCGGCGACUUCUUCUCGGACCUGAACGGCGCGCUCCACGGGCCCGUGCACAUCAUCAUCGGCGGCCAGUGGGACUUCGACGCCUCGCGCUUCAACCUGACGAUGCUCGACGAGGAGAGCGGCAUGCCCGAGGCGUCGGGGUUCUUCCUGCUGUCGUCCAAGUUCCUGUGGCGCCAGGGCUUCGUGCGCUGCCCCGAGUUCUGCAGCGACGACACGGGCAACCAGGACUGCGAGUGCACGUGCCCGCGCGAGAUCACGGAGAACUGGAAGCCCUACGAGGUCAUGCAGGCCACGGGCCAGCUCGACCUGAACAACGGCUGGCUCGAGCCCCUCUACCUGCUCUACAGCGACAUGGACUGGAAGGACAUGUGGCACAUCCUGUGCCACGUCGGCCACGCGGGCGAGAUGUUCACGUCCGCCGCGCCCUACGACCCGACGUUCUGGCCGCUGCACGGUCUGGCGGAGCGCUUCCUCUCCUACAAGCGCGUCCAGGCCGCCGCGGGCGAGACGACGCUCAACGAGACCUGGGGCUACACGCACAUGGGCGCGCUCGCCUCCGACACGGACGUCGUCUGCGACUGGACCGGCGUCGAGGGCAUGGGCCUGCCGACGUGCACGCGCCAGACCUGCGCGGGCCACAAGAAGGACGACCUCCUGCCCUUCGGCAACUUCCUCGACAAAAACGAGACGUACACGAACGAGGAGUUCUACCGCUUCACGGCGCCGACGAACGAGGACCUGCCCUACGCCUACGACUCGUUGAGCUCGUGGCCCGCCUGCGACGCCCAGGGCAUCGACUUCACCGUCGACGACGCCGACGACGACGACGCCGACGACCUGCCGGACAUGGACGUCGGCACGGCGUUCAAGGACCUCGCCGAGAACGGCAUGAACCUGGACAAGCUCCAGGACGAGGUCGGCGUCGACGCCCGCGAGCCGCUGCCGAAGCCGCCGCCGCUGCGGUCGACGCCGACCAAAGCGCUCGCCGCGGAGGCCGCCGAGCCGGCCCCGGCGGCGCCGGCGCCGCUCGCCGAGGCGACGGAGGUCGCGCGGCAGCGCGCCGAGCAGCUGCUCGCGCAGAGCGGCGACUUCUUCGCGUCGGCCGGCGAGAAGAUGAAGCAGGCGGGCGAGAAGAUUAAGGAGGACACGCGCAAGAACCUCGGCCUCGCCGCCGACCUCAGCGGGGGCUUCCCCCGCGCGCCCGAGGCCGCCGCGGCGCCCGCCGCGCCGCCGGCGGCCGCGCCGGCCGCGCCGGAGCCCCCGGCGCCCGCCGCCGCGACGCCCGCGUCGCCGAAGCCCGCGGAGAAGGCCGCGUCGCCCUGGGCGUCGGCGCUCGCGGCGCCGCCCGCGGCGCCCAAGCCGCCGACGCCCGCGGCCGCCGCGCCCACGCCCGCGGCGCCCAAGCCCGCGGCGCCCAAGCCCGCGGCGCCCAAGCCCGCGGCGCCCCGGCCCGAGCGGAAGGCGCGGGCCCCGAAGCCCGAGGCGCCCCCCAAGCCCGCGGCGCCCAAGCCCGCGGCGCCCAAGCCGGCCGAGUCGCGGCUCGCCGCGGCGUUCAAGAGCACGACGUCGGCGCUCGCGGGCGCGCCGCGCGGCUCCUCCGCGCGCGAGCGCGCCUGGGAGGCCGAGGCCGCGGGACGGGUCGCCGACGCGGCGCGUCUCGAGGCCGAGGUCGUGGAGCUCCGGAGCGGCGCCGCGCGCGACGCGGAGGCGCUCGUGAAGCUCCGGCGCGAGGCCGCGGGCACGCGGCGCGCGGCGGACGUCGCCCAGGCGGAGCGCGACGCCUGCGCGGCGGAGCUCGAGGCCGUCGCGCUCCGGGAGGUCGACGCGUUGCAAGCCGAGGUCGCGUCGCUCCGGCGCGAGCGCGCGCGCGCGGACGGCCUCGAGAAGAAGCUGCGGGACCGCCAGGUCGCCGAGGCAUCCUCGAAGAGCGACGCCGGCGCCCUCGAGGCCGCGAGGCACGAGCUCCGGUCCGCGAAGCUCCAGCUCGAGGCCGCGCGGCGCGCGGCCGCCGCGGCCGCGCGCGCGCAGCGCGCGGAGGCGGACGUCGCCGCCCGCCUCGCGGACGAGGCCGCGCGCGAGCUCCGGGCGUCGCGGUCGCGGGCGUUGGACGCCGAGGCCGCGCGCGACGCGGCGCUCGACAAGCGCGCGUCGGCCGCGUCGGCCGAGGAGGGUCGCCGCGCGGCGUCGCGGGAGGCGGACGCGCUCGCGCGCGACGCGGGCGAGCUGCGGGGCCUCCUGCGGUCGGCGCUGCGCGAGAAGCGGCGCCUCGAGGUCGCCGUCGACGAGCUCAAGGGCGCCGAGGUCAAGCUCCGGGGCGACCUCCGCGACACGCGCGGCGAGCUCGACGCGGCGCGCGCCGCGGCGCGCGACGCGCGCGCGGCGCUCGUCGGCGGCGCGGCGCCGCGCGCGGCGCCGGCGGCCCCGGGGGCGUCGUCGGACGCGCGCAACGCCGAGUACCUGCGGUCCGUCGUGCGCACGGCCCUUCCGAAGCACGGCGCCGCGGACGGCGCGACGACGACGCGGCUAUUGCCGGUGCUCCGGUCGCUGCUGGGCCUGCCCCACGACCACGUCGCGCACAACCUCGACGCCCUGGGCGCGACGGGCUCCGGCGGCGAGUUCGCCCUCGCGCUGCUCAACGCGGCGGCGGCCAAGGCCGGCGGCGGCGCCGCGGCCGACCCGGGCGACGCCGCGGAGCGCGCGGAGCUCCGCGCGGAGCGCGACGCCGCGCGCGGCGCCGCGGCGGACCUCCGCGCCGAGCGGGACGCGUCGGACCGCGCGGCGGCGGCGCGCGACGGCGAGCGGCGGGCCUACGUCGCGAACCUCGAGGCCCGCGUCCGCGCGGCGCUCGAGGGCGCCGCGGCGCGCGCCGCGGCGCAGGACGACCUCGAGCGCGUCGCCGCCGAGGCGCACCGCGCGGCGCUCCACGCGCUCGACACGGCGCGCAACACGGAGACGGACGCGCGCGCCGCGCGCGCCAAGGCCGACGCGGGCCUCGACGGCGAGCAGCUCGAGUACCUCCGCACGACGAUCGUCUGCUUCCUCAAGGCCCGCGAGCCCCUCCUCAAGAAGCAGCUCCUCCCCGUGCUCGCUCGCGUCCUCAAGCUCGACCCCGCCGACGAGCGCGCGGCCGCGCUCCUCGACGUCGUCGUCUAG